CCUUCUUUGGUGUAGUCCACAGCAGGCUGCCUUUACUCACACACAUCCGCUCUUUCGCACAUAGCUCAGCCUCUGUUAGCUAUUCAGCUCGGAAACCUGUUUCACUGCUGAUGUUUAAAAAUGAGGUGGAAGCUGCUUUUCCUCCAGCUUUGACAGUGAAAUUCUCCUUCUAGGCUUUCAUGAGCAGCAACACUGUGAGAUUGUUUUGCCACCAGCAAUCUUGUGAUUUAAAUGUCAUCCAUGGACAUUUCUCCCUCUGCUCCAGCAUCGCGGGUCCUUUUCACAGAUAUUAAGAUUAAAGAGCUUGGAUUCUCUAAGGCUCGUAUCCAAGGGCAUCGGCUGUUAACAUACUGAACUACAUCUGCUUCUUGGCUAAGACUGAAGAAAGACAUCUUAAGCCUGGAAAUCCUGCCUGCGCUUGUUCUCUAGCACACUCACACACGCGCACACACACACACAGAGGCAGCACAAGAAGCAUAUGCUGCAGCAGGUUUUUUUUUUUAAAUCCAAAAGGCUGCUUCACUUUCCCAGUUCCAGUGACAAGAUAAUGAAAUAAGAACCUACCGUCUCCAAGAAAGGAAAUUACAGGAAUCAGCUACUGAAAAGGAAUCAGCAAGUUAAACAGCAGCAGAGGACGAAGAACAUUGGGUGAAAAUUAAGAUAAACAGCAACAACAAAAAAUCAAAGGAAACAGGUGGAACACUGUGACACGCUUCUAAGAGCUAAUUCAGGCUUUAAAGUGGGGGGAAAGCCCCCUUAAUUUUUUUCUCUGAUUGUUUGUGUGUGCAAUCCAGCAUCACCAGAGUGCAAAAUCUGCCUCUAACCUCUUUCCCUGGCUGCUGCUUGUUGCUAGCCCUGUUGCUGUUAACUGACAGAAACGUGUUAACAAAGCAGAAAGAGGGAAAAAUGCCAGCCAUCCUGGUAGCCUCCAAAAUGAAAUCUGGACUACCUAAACCUGUCCACAGUGCUACUCCUAUUGUUCAUGUUCCAGCAGCAAGGACCAUCCCGCAACCUUGUUACCUGAAGUUUGGGAGCAAGGUGGAGGUGAGCAAGUCAUUCUAUUCCAGCCAGAUCCCUCUCAAAUCAAAUAAUGGUCAUGAGAAUGCAGGAGAUGGCUUGCCUCCCAAGAAGAGUAGCUCCAUAGAAAAUGGUUUUGAUACACAGAUUUAUACAGACUGGGCCAAUCACUAUCUAGCAAAAUCUGGCCAUAAGCGUUUGAUAAAGGAUCUGCAACAAGAUGUGACCGAUGGAGUUUUACUGGCUGAAAUCAUCCAGGUGGUAGCAAAUGAGAAAAUUGAAGACAUCAAUGGUUGUCCAAAGAAUAGAUCUCAAAUGAUUGAAAAUAUAGACGCAUGCCUGAGUUUUUUGGCUGCCAAAGGAAUAAACAUACAGGGACUGUCUGCGGAAGAAAUCAGGAAUGGGAAUUUAAAGGCCAUCUUAGGCCUUUUCUUCAGUCUAUCACGAUACAAGCAGCAGCAACAGCAGCCCCCCAAACAGUAUUCACAGCACCACCCAUCCCAGCAACCUCCCACAUCACCCCAGCAACUAGGGUCUCCAUCCCAGUGCCAAGCUGGGCUGCAAGAACAGCAUCUGCAACAACAAGAACAGCAGCAGCAACCACAACAAUCUGUGCCAGUUUCACCCCAGACUCAGUGCCAACAACCUCAGCAAGCACAACAUCUUCAGUUAAAAGCACAACCAGAAAUGCAGUCCAGUGCGUCACCCAGGGACUCAUCUCAAAGCAAAAUCAUCCGAUUCACUCUUGGUCAGAAAAAGACUUCUAGGCUGCCAGGUCGUACUAGAGUUCCAGCUGCAGGCAGCGAAGCAAAAACUCGUGGUUCCAUUAAUGCCAACAACCGGCGCAGCCAGAGCUUUAACAACUAUGACAAAUCCAAACCUACAAGCCCACCAUCCAUUCUGUCAAAUAGCAAUGAGAAAGAGCCAGCAGACAAUUUAGCUUCCCAACCCACAGGAAUGAAUGAAAAUGCACCAUCUUCAACCCAAAGCAGCAGUAGCAACAAUGUUGCCAGUUGCAAUAACUCCUCAGCCAUCCCCCAGCCCAACUCCACUGUUAAACCCUGGCGCAGCAAGUCACUUAGUGCCAAGCACACAGCCACGUCUUCCAUAUUAUCAGUAAAGCAGCAGGUUCAGGAGUCUCCAAAAACCCCUCCAGAUAUGGUCAAACCAACUCCCAAUGGUCAGAAAUCCAUGCUUGAAAAGCUGAAGCUUUUUAAUACAAAAGGUGGCUCCAAACCAGGAGGGUCAUCUCUUGAAUGUCCAGGGUCUCGGGACACUAGUUGUGAAAGACUAGAGGCCCUCCCUAGCUUUGAGGAGAAUGAAGAGAUAGAUGCUGCAAAUCGGAAUGCAAACAACCCAGGACCAACAUCAAAUAGUCCUAAAAUUGCACUCAAGGGAAUUGCACAAAGAACAUUUAGUCGGGCACUGACCAAUAAGAAGAGUUCCCCAAAGGGCAAUGAGAAAGAAAAAGAGAAGCAGAAAGAUAAAGAAAAGGAAAAAAACAAAGACAUAGCAAAGAGAACAUCUGUCACUGAGAAAGCAGACGUAAAAGAGGAGCUGAAAGAAGAACAGAUCCCACCAGCUACAACAGAGAUGCCAAAAAAAUCCUCCAAGAUCGCAAGCUUUAUCCCUAAAGGAGGAAAGCUAAACAGUGCCAAGAAGGAGGCAUCUGCCCCUUUGCACAGUGGAAUACCAAAACCAGGGAUGAAAACCACAACAGGGAAAUCCUCAAGUGCCCCAAGUUGUUCUGCAAAAGAAGGCGAGAGAAGCCGCAGUGGGAAGCCUGCCUCAGGCCCCUCUCAUCAGAAGCCCCAGCUGGAUGGUAGGAAUUCGAGUUCCACAUCAAGUUUGGCCUCCUCUGAAGGGAGAGGCAUUGGAGGGGUGUCUGUCCUGAGUACUAGUAGCAGUGCCCAGGCUGUCAAUGGGCCAACAAAUAGUACCACACAGACCACAGGAAGCCAUAUUGUGAGUGUUCAGCUACCUCAUCCACAACAGCAAUACAGCCAUCCGAAUACUGCCACAGUAGCACCAUUCAUGUACAGGUCCCAGACAGACAAUGAAGGGAAUGUAACGGCUGAGCCUAGCACUGGAGGGGUGAGCACAAGCAUGGAUUCUGCUCCUCACACUAAAACAGGACAGCCUAUUCUAGAAGAUCUUUCUGGGGAAGAUCCAGAAGCUCGCCGAUUGCGAACUGUCAAGAAUAUAGCUGAUCUUCGACAAAACUUGGAGGAGACCAUGUCAAGCUUACGAGGAACCCAGGUUUCUCACAGCACGUUGGAGACCACCUUUGAUACCAAUGUUACCACUGAAAUAAGCGGACGCAGUAUUCUUAGUUUGACGGGAAGGCCAACACCCUUAUCAUGGAGACUUGGGCAGUCUAGUCCCCGUCUUCAAGCAGGUGAUGCUCCAUCAGUGGGCAAUGGAUAUCCUCCAAGAGCUAAUGUCAGCCGGUUCAUCAAUGCAGAAUCAGGACGUUACAUGUAUUCAGCUCCUUUGAGAAGACAGCUAGCAUCACGGGGCAGUAAUGUUUGUCAUGUGGAUAUCUCAGACAAAGGAGGUGAUGAAAUAGAUCUUGAAGGAAUCAGCAUGGAUGCUACGGGUUAUAUGAGUGAUGGAGAUGUUCUGGGGAAAAACAUAAGGACUGAUGACAUUACAAGUGGGUACAUGACUGAUGGUGGAUUGGGCCUUUACACUCGAAGGCUAAAUAGACUUCCAGAUGGGAUGGCUGCUGUACGGGAAACUCUGCAACGCAACACCUCACUGGGCCUGGGUGAUGCUGACAGCUGGGAUGACAGCAGUUCUGUUAGCAGUGGGAUCAGUGACACCAUAGAUAACCUCAGUACUGAUGACAUUAACACAAGCUCCUCUAUCAGCUCCUAUGCCAACACGCCUGCAUCCUCUCGUAAGAAUAUAGAUUCUCAGACCGAUGCUGAAAAGCAUUCCCAAGUAGAGCGGAAUUCCUUGUGGUCUGGUGAUGAAAUCAAGAAAUCAGAUGGUGGCUCAGACAGUGGUGUAAAGAUGGAGCCUGGGUCUAAAUGGAGAAGGAAUCCCUCUGAUGUCUCUGACGAAUCUGAUAAAAGCACUUCUGCGAGGAAGAACACAGUCAUUUCACAGACAGGUUCCUGGAGAUGGGGCAUGUCAGCUCAGGUUGGCAUUACCACACCAAGGACAAAAACAGCAGCCACCUCAGGAACGUUGAAGACACCUGGAACAGGAAAAACUGAUGAUGCCAAGGUAUCGGAAAAGGGUAGAAUUUCUCCCAAAUCUGGACACAUUAAACGUUCCCCAUCAGAUGCAGGACGUAGCAGUGGUGAUGAAUCGAAGAAAACUUCAGCAAAUAACUCCAGAGUGGCUGCUGCUAAUACAAAUUCAUUUGGAUUUAAAAAACAGAGUGGAUCAGCUGUAGGCAUGACCAUGAUAACAGCUAGUGGAGCAACUAUCACUAGUAGAUCUGCUACUCUGGGCAAAAUCCCCAAAUCAUCUGGACUCAUGGGUAGGUCUACUGGUCGGAAGACUAGUGUUGAUGGCUCACAGAAUCAGGACGAUGGUUACUUAACCAUUAGUACCCGAACCAAUCUUCAGUACCGGAGUUUACCCAGGCCCAGCAAAUCCAGCAGCAGAAGCGGAGCCGGCAAUAGAUCUAGCACCAGUAGCAUAGAUUCCAACAUAAGUAGCAAGUCAGCAGGCCUGCCUGUUCCUAAAAUGAGAGAGCCAACCAAAGUUGCCCUUGGGAGCUCUUUGCCAGGCUUAGUCAACCAGACAGAUAAAGAGAAAGGGAUCUCAUCUGACAACGAAAGUGUAGUGUCUAGUAAUUCUGUUAAAAUGAGCCUAGUAUCUCAGCCAGCUUCCAGUGCAUCCCAGAACACUCACCAGCAAGGAGUCAAGUACCCAGAUGUAGCCUCCCCCACUUUGCGCAGACUUUUUGGUGGAAAGCCAAGUAAGCAAGCUCCCAUCACAACAGCAGAAAGCAUGAAAAAUUCGGUGGUCAUCUCCAACCCACAUGCAACCAUGAACCAACAGGGGAAUCUGGAUUCUCCUUCUGGCAGUGGGAUGCUGAGCAGUGGUGGUAGUAGUCCCCUUUAUAGCAAAAAUGCAGACAUGAACCAGUCUCCAUUAGCGUCUAGUCCCAGUUCAGCUCAUUCGGCUCCUUCCAACAGCUUAACUUGGGGUACUAAUGCCAGUAGUUCUUCUGCUGUUAGCAAGGAUGGAAUUGGAUACCAGUCUGUCAGCAGCCUGCACACCAGUUGCGAAUCCAUUGAUAUUUCAUUCAGCAGUGGAGGUGGAAUAAGCCACAAUUCUUCCAGUGGCUUGAUUGCAGCUUCUAAAGAUGACUCUUUGACUCCCUUCGUUAGAACCAACAGUGUAAAGACCACAUUAUCAGAGAGCCCUCUCUCUUCCCCUGCUGCUAGCCCCAAAUUCUGCAGAAAUACUUUACCCAGGAGGCAGGACAGCGACCCACAUCUUGAUAGGAACACUUUGCCUAAGAAAGGACUCAGGUAUACUCCAUCAUCACAACUUCGCAAUCAAGAAGAAGCGAAAGAAUGGCUGCGUUCUCACUCUGCAGGAGGACUUCAGGAUACAGUUGUCAAUUCUCCAUUUUCCUCUGGUUCCAGCAUCACAUCACCUUCUGGGACUAGAUUUAACUUCUCCCAACUUGCAAGCCCCACCACAGCAGCCCAGAUGAGCUUGUCAAAUCCAACCAUGUUACGGACGCACAGUCUUUCUAAUGCGGACAGCCCUUACGAUCCUUACAGUGACACCCGGUUCCGGAACAGCUCAAUGUCACUGGAUGAAAAGAGCAGGACAAUGAGCCGUUCUGGGUCAUUCCGGGAUGGCUUUGAAGAGGUGCAUGGGUCCUCUCUCUCUUUGGUUUCAAGUACAUCAUCUAUUUAUUCAACGCCUGAAGAAAAAUGUCAGUCAGAGAUUCGGAAAUUAAGGAGGGAGUUGGAUGCAUCUCAGGAGAAAGUAUCAGCUCUGACGACACAGCUGACAGCCAAUGCACACCUUGUGGCAGCAUUUGAACAGAGCCUGGGAAACAUGACCAUUAGACUACAAAGCCUUACCAUGACUGCAGAACAGAAGGAUUCAGAACUGAAUGAGUUAAGAAAAACGAUCGAACUACUGAAAAAACAAAACGCUGCUGCUCAAGCUGCCAUUAACGGUGUAAUUAACACACCUGAGCUUGUCUGCAAAGGAAGUGGAACUGCGCAAACCACUGACUUGCGGAUCCGAAGGCAACACUCCUCAGAUAGUGUCUCUAGCAUUAACAGUGCAACUAGCCAUUCCAGUGUGGGAAGCAACAUAGAAUGUGACUCUAAGAAAAAGAAGAGAAAAAAUUGGUUACGUAGUUCCUUCAAACAAGCAUUUGGUAAAAAGAAGUCUCCCAAGUCAGCAUCUUCUCAUUCAGAUAUUGAGGAGAUGACAGAUUGCUCCCUGCCUUCAUCUCCAAAACUGCAUCACAAUGGCUCAGUUGUCUCAACACCAUUACUGAGAACAUCACAUUCCAAUUCACUGAUUUCAGAAUGCAUUGAUAGUGAAGCUGAAACAGUCAUGCAGUUGCGAAAUGAGCUGAGAGACAAAGAGAUGAAGCUGACUGAUAUCCGUUUGGAGGCCCUAAGUUCCGCCCAUCAACUUGACCAGCUUCGGGAAGCUAUGAACAGAAUGCAGAGUGAGAUUGAGAAACUAAAAGCUGAAAAUGACCGGCUGAAGUCUGAAAAUCAAGGUAGCUGCAGCAGGACCCAGUCUCAGGUUUCCAUUUCAUCCUCUCCAAGGCAGUCAAUGGGUCUCUCCCAGCACAGCCUGAACCUCACCGAGUCAACUAGUCUCGAUAUGCUGCUGGAUGAUCCCAGUGAUGGUUCUUCUCGAAAAGAAGGUGGCAGGCAUGUUAAAAUAGUUGUCAAUUUUCAGGAUGAAAUGAAAUGGAAAGAAGAUUCUAGGCCUCGCCUCUUCCUCAUUGGCUGUAUAGGAGUCAGUGGAAAGACCAAAUGGGAUGUUCUGGAUGGUGUUGUUAGAAGGCUGUUUAAGGAAUACAUCAUUCAUGUUGAUCCUGUGAGUCAGCUAGGGUUGAAUUCAGACAGCGUCCUGGGAUACAGCAUUGGGGAAAUCAUUCGCACAAAUAGCAUGGAGACACCUGAGCUGCUGCCCUGUGGCUAUCUGGUUGGUGAAAACAAUAUCAUCUCAGUGACUAUCAAAGGUAUUGUGGAGAAUAGUUUGGACUGUCUGGUGUUUGAGUCUCUGAUCCCAAAGCCUAUACUGCAGCGUUAUGUGUCACUCUUGAUGGAACACAGGCGAAUCAUCUUAUCUGGUCCGAGUGGCACAGGAAAGACUUACCUAGCCAAUCGUCUGUCAGAGUAUAUGGUACUUAGAGAGGGCAGGGAGUUGGCUGAUGGUGCUAUUGCAACAUUUAAUGUGGAUCACAAGUCCAGUAAGGAACUCCGCCAAUACCUUUCCAAUCUUGCUGACCAGUGCAAUAGUGAAAAUAAUGCUGUGGAGAUGCCUCUUGUGAUCAUCCUAGACAACUUGCACCAUGUUAGCUCUCUGGGAGAGAUCUUUAAUGGGCUGUUGAACUGCAAGUACCACAAAUGUCCCUACAUCAUUGGAACUAUGAACCAGGCAACUUCCUCUACACCUAACCUUCAGCUCCACCAUAACUUCAGAUGGGUGCUGUGUGCCAACCACACUGAGCCAGUCAAGGGCUUUCUCGGCCGUUUCUUGAGAAGAAAACUAAUUGAAACAGAAAUUGGUGGCCGGAUGAGAAAUGCAGAACUGAUUAAAAUCAUAGACUGGAUUCCAAAAGUCUGGCAACAUCUCAACAAGUUCUUGGAGGCUCAUAGUUCUUCAGAUGUUACUAUUGGUCCACGACUCUUCCUCUCUUGCCCCAUAGAUGUGGAUGGUUCUAGAGUUUGGUUCACUGACCUGUGGAAUUACUCCAUCGUUCCCUAUCUUCUUGAGGCUGUCAGAGAAGGGCUACAGCUGUAUGGAAGAAGAGCACCAUGGGAGGACCCUGCUAAAUGGGUAAUGGACACUUACCCAUGGGCAGCCACACCCCAACAUCACGAAUGGCCUCCUUUGCUGCAACUGCGGCCAGAAGAUGUUGGAUUUGAUGGAUAUUCCAUGCCACGGGAAGGUUCAACCAGCAAGCAAGUUCCACCCAGUGAUGCUGAAGGAGAUCCUCUGAUGAACAUGCUGAUGAGGUUGCAAGAGGCAGCUAACUAUUCGAGCCCCCAGAGUUAUGACAGUGAUUCCAACAGCAAUAGCCAUCACGAUGACAUUCUUGACUCAUCUCUGGAGUCAACAUUAUGAUGCAUAACUAGCAGCAACAAUUACAAUUGAUUGCCAUGGUUUAUCUCCUGACUUGCUUAGAAAAUGUAAUCACCAACCCAUGAGGAUAACUGGUCGUUGGUCCAGCUGGAAUCUCAGUAUUAGAGCUGCAAGAACAAUACAGACUUAUUCCACCCCUUCUCCUCCCCCCCCCAAUUUUUUUCAGUCUCAAAUAUGGGUGCAGGCAACCCAGUUGAUGUUUUUGUACUGUGUUUUAUUUUCCUUAAUAAUAAGAACUGCACUACUUUGUUUUUUGUUCUUUUGACAUUGCUGUGAGCUCACAUGCCUAAGACACUGAAUACAUGUUUCCAUAAAAACAAUAAUAUUAGUCAUAGUAAUUUGUGGGGGUAAGAAGAGAAGAAAACAACUGCUCACCUACAAAGCUAUGAAACAAGAGCUUUGUGCCAUGUACUGUCCAGAAAGGAAGGAAAGGGAGUGGAUCUUGGCUAUGCUGCUUCUGACCAAACUCAUUCAGUAAUCACUCAACUUGCAUGUCAUCUUUCAACCUAACCUCAUCUACAGAUAGUUCUGGUGCUAUAAAAUAUUUGCUUGCCUUGAUGAUAAUGUUCCAUAAAAGGCAAAGAGCUGAAAAAUGGAAAAUGUGUGCACACACACAAAAUGAAGGCUGUUCUCCUGUUUGAGACCUGGCUUUUUAUAUUUCUGUAUUUCAUGCAGACAAGAGGCUUAAUCCACCGAACGCAGAUGUUUCACAUCAUCUGUUAACUUCCACUGAAGUUUUGUGCCACAAUAGCAUGUUGUGGACUGUGAUCAUUUUGGCCAGGUUUCAAAAAAUGGAUAGUAACAUAUAAGAAAAAUCAAACACAUAGCCAGAGUUUUACUUCCACUUUUUGCUUCAGUAGUUGUCACUGUUGAAAAGACAAGCAUUUUUUAAAGCUACGUAGCAGCUUUUCUCUUCAGCAAUGGGACCUGCAUCAGGAAAAAGUGAAAGCCGAACUCCAGUUUCUUUUGGUCAUCUGCUCAUACCUUAAAUGUGAAAACAUACGCUUAAUCCCUUCAGUUUUUUGUAACAUUGUUCUUUAGCCAAUCAUUUAACAAACUUUUGAGGAGGCAGUUGUUUAUCCCUUGCACUGGCCAAGUACAAUUUUUUAAGGCUUCAUCCUCAUGCCAUAGAGCAAACUUUGUGAACUCCCUCAUGUUCAAAAGCAGCAUGUCAUGGGUUAAGAAAAAUCUGAAGCCCGUUUGGGCUCAUCAAACUAGUUUCAUAGGGUAUCCAAUGUUAGUCAUACACAGAAUAGACCCAUUCAACUCAAUGGUCUUAAAUAACUUAGGUCUACUGAUUUCCAUGGGUCUGCUCUAUGACUUAGUUGGAUAUCACCCAUAGUUCUUUGUGUCCUGGCCAGUGCCUCUUGAAAUGAGAAAUAGACUUACCUGCCCAUUUAGACUUUUCCUCCAUACAUAAGUUAAAUGCAUGAGAUAAGUGGAACUGCACGUGCUGUCUCUGCCACACUAUUGGCUCUGCCCACCUGACAUCCGCACGUUCAGCAGGAUGUCUGAAAGGGGGCAUGUAAACCCAGACACCCCUUAUUAGACUUUUGGCUGAAUAUACAGACAUCAGAGGCAGGGCAACAUCAAGGGUAAGGCUAGAGGGCGUGGGCAUUUAGCCCACACGUGGAGGAAAUGCCUUAACAAAUAUUGAGAUACUUACUUAAUUCUCUUUCCCUUUGCUUCUCUAACACCAAUUACCACCCCUAGGGAUAGGCAUAUUUGUCCGUUGAGAUAAAGUCUAUUUGCCUAAAACAGCAUGUAAACAUUUUUUUAAAGAAGGAUCAUUUUUUUCCUCAGCCAGUGGAAGCCUGGUACCUGUGUAAAAUAGAAGUGAGACUGAAUGUGCUUACUGAACAUCAGUGAAUUUCUCCCAGUAAACGUAGACUUUUCUUUUUAUAUUGGCAUUUUUUUGUUAGCUUUUCUAUUUUUAAAAAUUACGGUGGCUUUUAAAAUCUGUGUUCAUUAAUACCAUGCUGAAUCCAUUCAGGCUGUGUGAAAACAAUUAAGAAUUGUCCAUUUUAUUUUAUUUUUAAAUCAUUUUUACUAAGCCAGGUCUUGAGUAAAAGAGAACUGUGUCUAUAAAGAUGUUGUUGUUGUUUGAAGCGUCAUGUUUUUGAAGCGAUACGGUUCUCCAAUUCUCCUUUUCUUCCUUGCCUCCAAACGCACAAAGUUUAAAAUAAAAAAAAGCUUGAUGCUUCUGCUGGGAACAAGGAACACCUCACAAAGAAUUGCACUCUGGUUUGUGUUGUUGUUGUUUAAAAUAGACAGCAGCAACCAAUCAACUGUCUUCAGGCUGUACCUCAGCUAGAGCCUCAACACACACACACACACACACACACACCCCUUUUCAGCUAUCUUGGGUGCUGAUUUUUUAAAGUGAUGCCUUACCUACUUUCUACUAAUUGUGUUUGAAUUCCAUUAGUGCUGCAUAUGAUGGGAUUGUUUUAUUAUUUAAACAAAACAGGGCUAUAGAAGUCAUCUCUUGGAGUACCAUUAUGUGAGUUGCUGUGAAUAUUGUUUGUAAUAAGAUACUGAGAUUUCUUUUGUUUUUUACAUGUGAAAAUAACUAAAAGAGUGAAAUGACAGAGUGGGAGAGGGCUUUUCAGAAUGUCCAUAUCAGCUUUCAGCUAAUAAUUCAUUGCACAGAUGUUUAUCGAAUGGAAGCAAAAACAAGUCUUUUCUAUGAUUCUGUAUGGUAUCACCUAACCUAAAAGAAUGAGCUGGAACCUUUUUUGUUUUAAAUAUGCAGGCAAAAUAUUUGCCACAAUUUUAACAAGAAAGUGAAUCUUUGUAGGGUUAACAUGAUUCAACAGACACAAGAGCCUUCUUCAGACAUAAACAGCUUCUAAGCAUGUAGGACAGCCUUCACUAAGCUGGUGCCCUGCAGAUGUUUUGGAGUACAACUCCCACCAGCCCAAGCUAGCACAGAGUGAGCUGAUGGGAGUUGUACUCCAAAACAUCUGGAGGACAAAGGCUGGUGUAGGAGGUCUUGCUCCACUCCAACUUGGAUGUGUUGAGCAGCAAACUAUAUAGGGGGCUUGUAAAUGAGUUCACCUGAACAUGCUUACGAGCCCAUCUGCAAUCAGGAAUCCCAAUUGUGGGGAGGUGAACCCAUUUGCAAGCCCCCUUCAAACCUUAAUACUCAAUUGUGCCAGGGCAGGGGGGGGCACAGCCAGUAUGCAUGUUUUUGCACCUCCUACAUGCUUGGUAAAGCCUGAAGAGGAUUAAGGUCACACUACCGUGUCUCAUGAGCGGGUAGUUUUUAUUAUUAUUAUACCUCAUGACUCUAUCCUUUCAGUGACAUGAGUGAAUUUAAUCUGUUGUCUUUUGAGCUUUUGGGGAAUUUGCUCCGGUUUCAUUUUUCUAGAACUGAUGACUUUUUGAAAUGACACAACAAUUUGCAAAAGACAAUUUCAGAUAACCCAAAUGGAUUUUAGCUGUUGAAUUAGAAAGGGACAAUUGAGUGUUUCUUCUUCACAAAAUAGAAGGUUACUUAGCUAACCUUAAUUCUAAUCUGGUUACUGAAAAUGGGCCACAGGUGAUCCACAGUCCUAAGAAGAUCAAUCUUAAGAUGGUGGGGAGAGCUAGUUUUUCAGCACCCUACUGCUUCUUCCUAACACUGAUUGUGGGAUACAGAUUUGAAAGGUCUCCCAGGUCAAAAAUUCCCUUUAUGUGGAAAUCUUAGUCAUGGGAAAAUGUUGUCUUUCCAGCCAAGAGGGAGCAUUCAUAUAUGAGACCCAUGUACAAUUUGAACGGCAUAGUCCCGAAAGAAUUGAACUGCAUACUUUUUCUAAAUGUUUGAACAGAUUCUUAACACCCAAUAUUGAACACAAUCUGAUCUUCUUUCAGCAUAACACUUUAUUUCAUAGGAAUAUAUUUGUGUUGUACUCCAUUGAAAUAAUUUUGAGGGGAAAUAAGUUUUGGAGGAAAACUUUGCACUGGAAAAUGCCAGCUACAUUGACCUCGUUGGAACUGUUUCCUACAUGACAUGUUUUUAAACACUUUCUUUUAUACCCCAUGGGUGUUGUGGCGUGGGACUCUCUUCCAUAGCUCCGGAGCCUUGCAGAUCACCUGAACUUGUACCCUGUUUAAUGUGGUUGAUGGCAACCACACACCAGCUUGGAAUCUAGAGCUUGUCUAAGUACUUCAUACUGGCAAGUUGUAUUGUAUAUGCGAGGCCUGUCCCUAAGUAUGGAAUUUAGGAAACAAGUGUUCCUCCGCUGCACACUGAUAUGGUGUGGGCUGGGUGGUGUGGGCUGGAGUGUCCCUGCAUGGUAAGAUCUACAUGGAAUUGUGUAGCAGGAAGUGGUUCCCAGCUGCCAUGCUUUUUGCAUGCAACAUUUUCUAGCUUUGCUGAAAACAGGCGGUUGCACAGUUGAUUGUGUUGACUGUCUGUCUGCAGUGCUUGUAGAAGGGUUGCCCUUUCUUUGCUUUGUAUCUGCUAAAAACACAGGGACCCUGUUUAACGUAAACUACCUGUUAGUGGUGCAGACAAGGAGGGGCUUUGUUCCAUGGAAAUUGUGGAAUAGGCAUCUUUACGUGUGUGCAUCUAGGCUCAUAAUGUAUAGAAACACUCAAGGAUUCUGUUCACCCUAACUAAUAUGGUAACUGUUCUGAGAAUAAUGUAUUGUGUAUAAAUCUGGCUAAACAAUUUUUAUUACAAUUGUGUCCCAAUGGCUAAAUUAUACUGUUUGAUUUUUCAUGUAUCUGUUUGGAAAUAUUUAGAGUUUGUUCAUUUGUAUUUUCCAGUCAAGCAGUCUCCACUGCAAAGUGAAUUCUGUGAAGAUACAAUGUGUGAACGACAACACAUUGACAAUUUGAAUUCUUAAUGAAUGUCUCUAGAAACGUUUAAAAGAAAAUGAUAAAGUUUGUCUUGAUACAGUGAUUUUCUUGCAGGUGUGUGCUCUCUGGUGCAGGUUUUUGGGGGAAUGAUGAAAUGUUCAUCAUUUUAGAGGAAAGGACAACUCUGCAUGUGCAAACUUAAAAUAAAUAAGAAAAGAAAGCAUGUAUGGUACUGAUCUCUCCAGUGAAAUGUGUGGAGAAAUUCUCUUGUGCAGAAGCCGUAGUUGUCCACAGGGCUCUGGAUUGGGAGCAUUAAGAUUGCAUAAAUAUCAAGAGACACAGGAAUUAUAUACAGGAAUAAUAUGCCUGGGAAAAGCAGUAUAUGGAUGGCCCCAUAGAUUGGGAUCUCAGCUGACUCCACAUCAGAGUCCAACGAAUCCCAUUUGGCUUGUUUUAUAAAAACACUUAUGUUUUGAUAUUCAGGGGUGUUUUUUCCUCCACGUAUCCUGAUGCCAUAAACAGGAAAGGAAUUCUGUUCUUUUUAUUGCUCUUGUUUGGGUCACAGAAAAAGAACACGGAGUAACUUUGUCCUUUUUAAUUAUCACACAGCCGUAGUGUCCUUUCUGAAACUUCGGGAAGCAGGGUUGUUUGUUAAUGCACAUUUCUUACCUAGCUCAUCUUUUUAAAAUAGAUAAAUAAAAACUCCUUCCCCUUUGAAAAUGAUGAAAUGCUUUAUCCAGAUUGCUUCCAGUUUUGCAUCUCCCUGCCUCUUACAAAAUUUGGCAUUAUUUCCUGUUGUUUUUAGUAUAAAACUCUAUGCAACAUUCAUAUUUAGUUAUAAAUUGGAAGCGUACAAAAUUUUUAUUUCGUUCAUAACUGUCAAGACUCAUACAAAUCAUAUAUUGGAUACUGUUUUGUUUUUUAUUUUUAGGGUGAUGGUACCGGAACAGGGAAGUUUUGGCUAGCCUCUCCCCCUUUUUUGGACUAUUUUGCAAAAGAAGAAGCCUACAAUGUUGCAUUGUCAAUGCUUAAAGUUUUGAUAUUCUGUGUCUUGAAACUUGUCUAAAUGUGGCAAUUCCCUUUUAAGGAAAAUGAAAGAAAAAACAAAAAAAAUGUGGAUAUUAAAUGGAAGGUUGCUGUUUUGACCUAGUUGUUUCCAGUGGAACCAUUUAUGAGAAAUGUUCUCUUUAAGAUGUACAUUUUUUCAUUGUAACAUAGAAAUGUAAAUAUUUGAUUACAAGUGCUGCAUUUUGAUGAAUUUUUUCUAGCCAUUUUUAAAGAGAAAAACUAGGAAUUGAGUAUUUUGUGUACAGUUUGAUGUCCCUAUUUAAUUUUCUGUUACCAUUUAGGAUUGGAAUUUGCAGAUGGUAUAUUUGGAAUUAUGCCUCUCUCUGGCUUGUCUUUACCUCUCCCCCCAUCCUGUGUCAUGGAGAAUAAAGCUAAUGAUUGUACCAGUCUUAAAUUAUUCAUGAUUCAAUAAAUUUGAUGAUUAUUUA